CGUGCCCCACACGCCGAGUGGCGGGGAGGUGACGGUAACCGCCUUCCUAUUUCCGCCCGGCCGGCAGCGCUGCGGUGCGUGCCAGCGGAGAGGUGCUGGGUCCUCCCUCCGCCCGCCCGCGCCGGGGGCCGGCCCUGCCUCGCCCGCGCCUUUUUCCCCCGCAGCGCGGCGCCGCUCCGCCACUCGGGCACCGCAGGUAGGGCGGGAGGCUGGAGCGCCUGCUGCCCGCUCGCCCGUAAAAUGGUCACCUCGGCUGGACAGCUCGUCCUGUUGGCGCUGGGUGUCGUGUUGGCCAUGUGCCAAGCCCUGGAGAACAGCACGUCCUCCCAGAGUGCAGACCCGCCCAUGGCCGCAGCAGUGGUGUCUCAUUUUAACGAGUGCCCAGAUUCCCACACGCAGUUCUGUUUCCAUGGAACCUGCAGGUUUCUGGUGCAGGAGGACAAGCCAGCAUGUGUCUGCCAUUCUGGGUACGUGGGUGCACGUUGUGAGCACGCGGACCUCCUGGCCGUGGUGGCUGCCAGCCAGAAGAAGCAGGCCAUCACCGCCUUGGUGGUGGUCUCCAUCGUGGCCCUGGCUGUCCUCAUCAUUGCAUGUGUGCUGAUACACUGCUGCCAGGUCCGGAAACACUGUGAGUGGUGCCGGGCCCUUGUCUGCCGGCACGAGAAGCCCAGCGCCCUCCUGAAGGGAAGGACCACUUGCUGCCACUCAGAAACAGUGGUCUGAAGAGCCCAGAGGAGGAGCUUGGCCGGGGGGCUGUGGCAGCCCAAUGAAGAAAGGCCUUCUUGAGGACAGGACCGCCAGAGGGGCCUGGACGUGCUGGCAGACCUUCCCUACUCCGCCUGUGAUCGCCCGCACAACCUUUUUGUCUUCUCUGGGCCUUUCAAACUCUGUCAAGAACUCUGUCUGCUUGGGGUUAUUUGGUGUGACCUAGAGGAGCCAUCAGUGGGCCACAAUUUAAAGACUGGUCAAAAAAGAACUGCAAAGAGGUGGCCUCCUGUUUACCUAGAUAAGGUGUGUGCGUCGGUUGGUGUCUGAGUCCAGGUGUAUGCAGCUGUCUUCCGCCAGUCACGGAUUCCGGGCUGUAUUUCUUUCUCAUGGGACACCUCCCCACAACAGAAUCCUGCCCAACAUGGGAGAUUUCUGUAGUUGUUACCGUUUUCUCUCAUCUGCAUAUCGGGGAAGAAAGUGGAGAAGGAGAAACUGCCUAUUGUUACAUGAAGGCACCAACUUCAAGACGAGCCAUGUCCUCUGGCCACAGGACCCUCAGCCAGCCUAGCAUCUUCCACGGACACGUGAUGUUGAAGACCGUCCCGUGCUGUUGCCACCCUCAGAGAUAAUUUCUUAUUUAUUAGAUGGAGAAUGGUUUUAUUUUUAAUCUCUUAAGUCAGACAUCUACAUUAAUGACGUAUGUACUGCUAUACUGAUUACAAAUGUCUGGCCUCUUUGACACGGAUCAGGCUUUGGAAAAGCCUUCCGGGGGUGUGGAGAUGGAACCAAAGGAGGAGUUACUGAUAGGAGCAAAGAUGGGGGUUCAGAGGUCAUGCCAUUUAAGACAUAAAGCAGGCAAAUGCCCUGAUCCAUUCUGGCAGAGAAGUUAGCAAAUCCAGUAGCAGGGGUCUGUCCCCUCUGUUGGGGGAGAGAGGAAGAGAGUGCCUGUGUGUGUCUGCACAGUAUAAACACAAUACUUGCUAUACUGCUCAGUGAUUAAAUGGAUUUACUUCCUCAUGAGCUCUCUGAGAGGAUGUUAGAAAUUGUCUAUGGCCAUACCACCCUGAACACGCUCAGUCUCGUCUGAUCUCGGAAGCUAAGCAGGGUCGGGCCUGGUUAGUACUUGAGUGGGAGAAGUAGAGCCUUAGCAAGGAGCCGUGGGCAUUUGAGGCCAAGUUCAUUAAAGACGGACCAGUCAGUCAUUUAUUUUCCAUUUUGUUGCUCGGUUGGCUUGUUGCUUUAUUUUUAAAAGGAGAAAUUUAACU